CCCUACACUCCUGCUACUGGCUGCCAAGAAGCUCAAAAAAUCCACCUUCACUUUUCAGUCAGAAGAGGCAGAAGUGGAUGUGAGAGACAGAGACACCCAGAGACACUCAGAGCGAAAGAGGGCAAGAGACUUGACUUUAAGAGACUCCUGCACUGACAACUCCAUGCAGUUCGGAACAAGAGCAGCAGCGACCGACUCUGGUUUCAUGGGGACAUGGCAGAACGCUGACACGAACCUCUUGUUCAGAAUGUCCCAGCAGGCCAUUCGCUGUACAUUGGUAAAUUGCACGUGUGAAUGUUUCCAACCAGGGAAGAUAAACCUGAGAACCUGUGAUCAGUGUAAACAUGGCUGGGUUGCACAUGCUUUGGACAAGCUUAGCACUCAGCAUCUCUACCAUCCAACACAAGUGGAGAUUGUACAAUCCAAUGUUGUGUUUGACAUCAGCAGCCUGAUGCUCUAUGGUACCCAGGCUGUACCAGUGAGACUGAAGAUAUUGCUGGACCGUCUCUUCAGUGUGCUGAAACAGGAAGAAGUACUACACAUCCUGCAUGGUUUGGGCUGGACACUUCGGGACUAUGUGCGGGGCUACAUCCUUCAGGAUGCUGCAGGCAAAGUGCUGGACCGCUGGGCCAUCAUGUCCAGGGAAGAAGAGAUUAUUACCCUUCAGCAGUUUCUGAGGUUCGGAGAAACCAAAUCCAUUGUGGAGCUGAUGGCAAUUCAAGAAAAAGAAGGGCAGGCAGUGGCUGUACCAUCUUCAAAGGCAGACUCAGAUAUAAGGACUUUUAUUGAAAGCAAUAAUCGAACCAGGAGCCCAAGUCUCCUUGCUCACCUGGAAAACAGCAACCCUUCCAGCAUCCAUCAUUUUGAAAACAUCCCCAACAGCUUAGCAUUCCUGCUUCCAUUUCAAUACAUAAAUCCAGUCUCUGCUCCUCUGCUGGGCUUGCCUCCAAAUGGUCUCCUGCUGGAACAGCCAACACUGAGAUUGCGUGAACCAAGCCUUUCAACACAGAAUGAAUAUAAUGAAAGCAGUGAAUCUGAAGUUUCCCCAGCACCUUUCAAGAAUGAGCAGACAUCCAGCAGAAAUGCCUUGACCAGCAUCACAAAUGUAGAGCCCAAAUCUGAGCCAGCUUCCGUGUCCCCAGUUCAGACUUCUACCCCUGUCAGUGAUCUAGCCAAGCCCGAACAUACAAAAAGCUCAUUCAGAAUUCACAGAAUGAGGAGGAUGGGAUCAGCCUCACGGAAAGGGAGAGUGUUUUGCAAUGCAUGUGGCAAAACCUUUUAUGACAAGGGAACCCUCAAAAUCCACUACAAUGCAGUCCAUCUUAAGAUCAAACAUAGAUGCACGAUUGAAGGUUGUAACAUGGUCUUCAGCUCACUCAGAAGUCGCAACCGCCACAGUGCUAACCCAAAUCCCCGGCUCCAUAUGCCCAUGCUAAGGAACAAUCGAGACAAGGAUCUGAUCCGUGCUACGUCGGGUGCCGCUACGCCUGUCAUAGCAAGUACAAAAUCCAACCUAACACUAACAAGUCCUGGACGGCCUCCAAUGGGUUUUACCACUCCUCCACUAGAUCCUGUGUUACAGAAUCCUUUACCUAGCCAUCUUGUGUUCCCAGCUUUAAAGACUGUACAGCCUGUUCCUCCUUUUUACAGAAGCCUACUUACCCCUGGUGAGAUGGUCAGUCCUCCAAACUCAUUACCUACUAGUCCUUUAAUGCCAACAGCUGGUACAGUUGAGCAGCCUCCAGUUCCUCCAUCCGAACCAACAUUACCUACAGUGGUGAUGCCUGCCCAAGAGGCAAAUGCUGAACUUGCACCAAAGAAAAAGCCAAGAAAGUCAAGCAUGCCUGUGAAAAUAGAGAAAGAAGUUAUUGACACUGCUGAUGAGUUUGAUGAUGAAGAUGAGGAGGUGAAUGAUAACAGAAGUGUAGCAAAUGAUGGUGGCCAUGACAAUCACUGCCAUUCUCAGGAAGAAAUGAGUCCUGGAUUGUCUGUGAAAGAUUUUUCAAAAAAUGGGAGAAACAGGUGCAUCUCAAGAACAGAUCUAAGGAGGUCAGAUAGCAUGACCUCAGAAGACCAAGAGCAUGAGAGAGACUAUGAAAAUGACUCUGAAUCCUCAGAACCAAAACUAUGUGAGGAAUCUAUGGAAGGGGAUGAACACAUGAUGCAUGAAAGAAAUAACAAACCUAUGAUGAACCAUGACAGGCCAGAUGAAAACCACCAUCAUACUUCCCACCAUGAUGAAGUUAAAGUUAAGGAAGAAUUUACAGACCCAACCUAUGAGAUGUUUUACAUGAGCCAAUAUGGACUAUACAACGGAGGCAGUGCCAGUAUGGCUGCUCUUCAUGAAAGCUUUACUUCCACUUUCAACUAUAACAGCCCCCAGAAAUUCUCACCUGAGGGUGACUUGUGCUCAAGCCCAGAUCCCAAGAUCUGCUAUGUGUGCAAAAAGAGUUUCAAGAGUUCCUAUAGCGUGAAGCUCCACUACAGGAACGUUCAUUUAAAAGAGAUGCAUGUCUGCACAGUGGCUGGCUGCAAUGCUGCUUUUCCCUCACGGAGAAGCAGAGACAGACACAGUGCUAACAUAAACCUGCACCGUAAACUGUUGACCAAAGAACUGGAUGACAUGGGACUGGAUACUUCUCAGCCCUCACUUAACAAGGACCUCCGUGAUGAAUUUUUGAUGAAGAUAUAUGGGGCCCCACAUCAGAUGGGGUUUGAUAUAAGGGAAGAUACAUCCUCCCCAGCAGGUACUGAGGACUCACAUCUGAAUGGGUAUGGAAGGGGCAUGUCAGAAGAGUACAUGGUGCUAGACCUGAGCACCACCUCCAGCAUCCAGUCUAGCAGUAGCAUUCAUUCCUCAAGAGAGUCUGACGCAGGGAGCGACGAGGGGAUUCUCCUCGACGAUGUUGAUGGGGCAAGUGACAGUGGAGAAUCCUCGCACAAAGCUGAUGCCCCAGCCUUAGGAGUCAGCAUGGGUACCGAAGUCCCAGGAUCCCUCAUGUUUAGCAGCGUUUCCAUGAACAACGGGGGGAUCAUGUGUAACAUUUGCCACAAAAUGUACAGCAACAAAGGGACUCUCAGGGUGCAUUACAAGACUGUGCACUUGCGAGAAAUGCACAAGUGCAAAAUCCCUGGAUGCAACAUGAUGUUUUCCUCUGUCCGGAGCCGGAACCGACACAGUCAGAACCCUAACCUGCAUAAAAACAUUCCAUUAACUUCACUAGAUUAGUUCAAAGACAGACUUGGUAAAUGUCAGCUCUCAAGGAGAGCCUGGCAUCUUUGAACAGCCAUUUACAGACUUAUAUAAAUAUAUAUAAAUAUGAAUAUAAAUAUAUAUCUUUUUUUUCUUUUUUAAGAAAACGUAAAAACACCAGGUGCUUCCCCUCCCCCUUUUCCUCCCUAAGUUUUGUUUUGCUUUGUUAAGAUUUUUUAUUUUGUGAGGGUUAGCCUGGGAUGAAGUUUCCACUGCUCUAAACAAGACAAAAACAAACAAAAAAUGAACAAACUUGCAUUUUAAAGCCCCACUUUUAUUAUGAAAUACGUGGUCAUCUCCAAAGAGACUGUUUCUUCUACCUAUGACUGUUGCCUGCAAUCUUAGAAAAAGAAGGGGCACAAAAUGGAAAACCCCCAAACGAACAAAGCACUGCAGAGAGAGAAAGAGAGAGAGAGAGAAAGGAUAAAAUAACAACUUCUGUUGUCCUUUGUGUAUUUUAAACCAUUCAGAGGACCGUCAACGAUGCAUGGCUGUUACACUUGUAUAUAUUGAGCCUUGAAGGGCCCGUGAUGUAAAACAAUUGUAUUGAUGGUGAUUUAAUUUUUUUCUUUUGGUUCUUUUUUUUAAACAGAAUUUACAUUUACAUCCAGCGGUUAGAUAUGUGGGGGUGGGGGGAUAGUUUGCUGGCUCGCUCUAUUCAUUUAUAUUAGCUUCAAUGCACAUUUUUUUUACAAAAAGAAAAUAACACAAGGUCUUUUUUAACUACCUGCUAGAGAGGCGUAAUAAGGAGGUGCUGGCAUGCUUUAGAGCACCCAAUUGGAUACAGGUUUUUUUUGUGUUUUGUUUUUAUUUUUAUUUUGGGUUUUGUUUUUGUUUUGGUCUUGUUACUCUUACAUAAAUCCAGUCAUGCACUUUUUUCUUACACAAUGUGGGGAUGUGUAAUAAUAUCCAUGCCCUUUUUUCCCUUAAAAGUAUUGCCAUACUUUCAGUGUCUUAUUAAGAAAGAGAGAGAGAGGAAAAAAAGAAUACACUUUGUUACAAGUGGUCUGGUCAGUAUGGAGCAAGAACGCCGAACAAAAAGUGUUAAGUCUCGACACGGAGCUGCCAACUUUGCACAAGUUUUCGGUAACCAAAAUAGAAUCAGAUGCUGUUAACUACAGGCCAAGAUUUUGGCAGUCAGAAAAAAAAAAUCCUUGGAAACUGGGAGGAAGGAAAGAAUAGAUUGACAUGUUCUCAGGUUCUAAAUAUUAUCCAUACCCACAAAACAAGGCCAUAGUUCUUUUUUAAAAAAGGAACUGAAAGCUACACAGUCAGAGAUGAUAGAGAUAUUUCUUUAAAUAAGAAAAUAUAGGCAUUCAGGAGUUAUGUACCUGUAUCUUGGACUGCAUUCCUGUGCAUUCUUAUCUGGAAGUAAGUCCCAUAGAAUUUAAAAGGGCUUACUUCCAAGGAGACAUACAUAAGAUUGCACUGUAAGUUGUGUGGUUGCCACAAACUGACAUCAUUAUCACCUCCCCCCCAAUAUUUUCUAAUUGACCUUCUAUAAAGGCAACAUGUAAGUUAAUUUCUUUAUAUCAGACAUUUUUCUCCACUCCAGGCCAUUGGUUGCCAUAUGCAGGAUGUAUCAAAAGACGGAAUGUGAUGGUGUUUUAUCACAUAUCCCUCUCCCCAAAUUGUACUAUGGAGACACAUGUCAAAGGCAGUGUGGGAGAGAUGGGUUUACAACAGCUACUCCUUACCCAUAACAUUUAUAGGGAUCUGAAUAUGAAUUCCCCAAAACAGAUUUGGAUGUCCUCUCCUGAAGACUAAGGCUUUAGUUGCAUUAAAAUGACAAAAACAAUUCUGACUUUUGCAAAGUUGUUCAGUGUGCACCAGAGAGUUCUAGCGUAUGAUUAAGGCAAGCUUUUAUAGAAGCAAUCCAAAGCCGUUAAUGGCACAAGCACUUAAAGUUUGGAGAAUAUGUGAGGAUUUUUUUUCACUGGGUAACUUCCUCUUUGGAGAAAUCAGAAGCUUGUGGCAAUGGUGAUGGUAGGAGCGGGGGUACCCAGGAUGGUCUUUUGUACUUUCCCGACACAAUUUUUCAGAGAAGAAUUACACUAGAGUUAGGAAAGAGCACAUCAGAAAGGAAGCCAAUGAUUAAGGAAGACAGGGAGAAGCUGGUCUCCAAAUCUUUUGUUUUGCUCUGUUUUGUUUUGUUUCUGGUGUUUACACAUGUUGUCUGAGCAUAGCAAACCACACUGGCAGCCUACCUUACCACAGCAUACUGACUGAAUGAUGAUAUUUACUCAAGCUUAGUCUACAGCCAAAAUCAUUAUGGUGUGUGUCAUAUAACAGAUCCUUUUUUAAAAAAAAAAGAAAACGGGAUAUACAAGGAAUAUUUCCACAUGCUGUGUAUUUCUAGCUCAAAGAGAAUGUUUUUCUUUCCUAGAACAUUUCUCUUGUAACUGCGAAACCAGAAAUGCUUGGUUGUUUUCAGCUUCCAACUUGAGUCUGUUAUGCAAUUUCAGCAACUGUGAGUUGCAUAUCAGCAAACCAGUCUUGUUAAUUUUACUACAGGAAACUAGUCUAGAAAAAUAAUUUCCCUUUUCACCAUUGGAACCAAUUCCCAUCAGUUUCUAUGGGACUUCGUCCUGACUAACAUUAGCUUAUCUGGGAACAUUGUGAGCCACAGAAGUAUUUCAAAAAGAAAACAGAAACACUACUUGCUGUAUCUCCACGUGUGUGUAAAAAAGAAAAGUCAAAUGCCUUAUUUUAGGCCACAUUUGCUUCUUUUGAAACAGUGAACACGUUAUUGACCGAAUUCAUAGACUCUUUAAAAUGUUACCAACCAGUGUGUCAAAAAUAUGUUUAUAUCAAAAAUAUGUUUACAUCAAACCUCCACAAUUUUUGCUGACUUGAUUAUUUUUCAUUGUGCUUUGUCUUUUUUUUCCAAAGUCUUAAUUACUUUUUUUUAUAAAAUUGAAUGAAGAGAUGCUUUGUUUUGUUUUACGCUGCGUAUGUACCGUAUGCUUGUGAAAGGGAACAUAGAAAAGUAAAGGUGUGUUCUUCCUAACCAUAUGAACCUUUGUAGUGUUAUCUGUACUGCACUGUCUCUUCAAACACCCCCAAGUUAUUAGGAACCAAGUGAGAACAAAUACUGAAAAGGCAAAACAAACCAAUUGCUAAAUGAUAUCUAAGGAACAAAAAACACUGUUUUUGAAGUAUGUAUGGUAUAAAUAAAUAUCAUUUUUAAUGAAAAACA